CGGCCCCGCCCCCCCCUGCCUGGUGUGGGUCUGCCAGCCCGUUCCUCGCGCCGAGCCAGCCAUGGUGAACCUGGGCCUGUCCCGGGUGGACGACGCCGUGGCCAGCAAGCACCCGGGACUAGGUGAGUACGCCGCGUGCCAGUCGAACGCUUUCGUGAAGGGCGUUUCCACCUUUGUCACAGGCACCGGUGCGACCUUCGGCCUGCAGAUGCUGGUCCAGAGGAAGCUUCCAUGCCCCUUUCAGUGGAAGGUGCUGGUGGCUGUGGUCGCAGGCUCAGUGGCCAGCUACUGGGUGACCCGCGUAGAGUCGCAGAAAUGCAGCGACCUCUGGCUCUUCCUGGAGACAGGGCAGCUCCCCAGAGACAUGCACACAGAUCGGCGUAGCUAGGAGCACUCCAGCCGGGGCACCGGAGACCUGGGGCCAGACAGUUCUAGAACACAGCCCUCGGCCCCUCUGUACCCUAGGUUGGCCCUCCUCGCACCCGUGGCCCCCGCACACAGGCAUGACCAGGUCUGUUGAACCUGUGCAGACUGCUCCUGCCCAGCCUGACUGCCCAGGAGCUCAAGCCAGGAGCCUCUGUUCCUGGGGCGGCUGUCCUCCUGCAGGUGGACACAGCACUGGGGAGGACCAGCAUGCCUUUGGGGGCGGCCCUGGGGCAGGGAGGGGCUUCUGCACUCUGCCACUGACACUCCCUUUCUGGCCCUGCAUCCCCCACCCAUGCCAGUCAGAGAUGACAGUUCCCCCGGGGGCUGGGGAACUAAUAAACACCUUGUCCUGUUUCCCACCUAAGUUCUAAAGCAGUCAGGGAACAAGUCAGAGCAGUAAGAAGAUGACAGAAACAUCUCCUUGGAACCACACCGCUGACGGAAGGAGGCACCAGGGCAGUUCUGAAUCUGAACCCCAGAAUUAGACAUCUGGGGCGCCGCACAUGCUUUUCACGAGGGCUGGGGCGGGGGGGCACAGAGCAGGUGUGUGCAGCCAAACAACAUCUGGCUUUCAGGAGAGGAGGGCAGGAAGUGACCACACCCAGCUGCCUACCAUUCCAACCCAACUGUCAGAUUCAGUCACUUUUCUCUGGCAGGAGGACAAAGUGAGGGGUGCAGGGAACCAGAGCCAGCUGACUGGAGCUCUGUCCACACGGAGGAAGGCUCCUGAGUGGGCAGGGUUGUCCAGCUCAGCCACAGCCCACAGAGGGAGAGGGAGCGGAAGAGAUGACCCGAAGCCUGGACAGAGCCGUCGUCCUUUCCAGCAGGCUCCUCCGGAACACUGAAGGUGCACCUCCCAGGUUCUCGAUGCUCCAGGCCCAGCCCCGCCCUGCUGGCCUGGCCCGUCACUCAAAAGAACAUCUAUUGCACACUUAUGUGUACCAAGGAAUCUGUGUGUAGGAAGGCAAAAUGGUAACCAUGGCAUAAGUCA